AUACAUACACACGCGACGCGACCACUAGUCGGAUUGAUUUGGUGCAUGCUGGUCUGGUGAUGAUAAGAGGUGAGGUGAGGAGAUUCUUUCGUGUGUUGGCAUACUACCAUAAUCCGCCACCGGUUCUGUGUCAUUUGUAUUGUGGAGGUCCAGAGUUGACUUCAAGACGCAAUUUUGUCCGCGUUCAUUCAACAUUGUUGACACCAAUGUCAGACCAGGAGGUCCCCACGCACGACGUUGGUCUUUACAAGGCUCCCUCGGGAGUCAGGGGUAUGACCUGCCUCGACCGUGAAGCUUUUGCCCAAACGAUUACUGUGCCGGUGAUUAGGAUACCAAAGGCAGCAAUUCACAAAUUAAUCAAGUCUCUGAAGAAGGUGGCACUACAAAGACCAGGGCUGAAACGUGUCAUCAAUGAACAUGGUGAUGAGGAGGAAAGUGAACACAAACUGCUUUUGCUGGACCCCACAAGGGUGACCUCUUCGGAUGACUUUAGUGAAGAAGAGUCGGCAGCACUGAAAGUCGCAAACGUACCACACGACAUCUUUAGGCACGAGUUGAAGCUAACCUACGAUAAUCUGAAAACCGAUGAAAUUUUACGUGCCGUACUACCAGAGGGACAGGAUGUUACCAGCGGCUUCAGCCGUGUGGGGCAUAUCGCACAUCUCAACCUACGAGAUCAUCAGCUACCGUAUGGCAAGCUUAUAGGAGAAGUACUCGUUGACAAAAAUCCAGGCAUCACCUGUGUGGUAAACAAGACAAACACAAUUGAUUCCACGUAUCGCAAUUUCCAAAUGGAAGUGCUGGCUGGGGACAACAACAUGGUGACGAAGGUGCGAGAGAACGGCUUCCAUUUCGAGUUUGACUUCUCCAAAGUCUACUGGAACCCACGGCUGAGCACAGAGCACGAACGAGUCGUGUCCAUGUUUAGUCGAGGCGACGUGAUCCUGGACGUGUUUGCAGGAGUAGGACCUUUCGCUGUGCCUGCGGCCCGUCGUGGUUGCACAGUCCUGGCCAAUGACCUCAACCCACAGUCCUUCCACUGGCUCAAGCACAACUGCCAGCUCAAUAAGGUGAACCAAAAGGUGACCACCUUCAACAUGGAUGGCCGCGAGUUUAUCAGAGGACCGGUCAGAGAGAGACUUCCUGCUUUGUUGUCUGGAGACGCCACGGUCCACUUUGUGAUGAACUUGCCGGCCCUGGCACUGGAGUUCCUUGAUGCGUUUCAAGAUCUCUUGGUGCCGCAGUCAAUUAAAGAGGAGGGUGGCUCUGGAAAGGUGAGACUGCCAAAGGUGCACUGCUACGGCUUCUCCAAGGAGGACGAUCCCCAGAAAGACGUGGUCAGGCGGGCUUCAGCCAGUCUUGGCUUUGAGCUGGAGGGACUCUGUUCGGUACACAAUGUCAGAAACGUGGCGCCCAACAAGGAAAUGAUGUGCGUGGCGUUUACACUGCCUUCAGAGGUGCUCUAUGGCAAAAACGCAGAAAAUUCAGAGGAACCAGCUGCCAAGAGACCUAAGUGUGAGGAGCAAUUGGACUGAAAGACUAUAAUCUCUACAUAAUUCUGUACAUUAUAUUUUUUAAUAAACUCUUUUUAAGAUUUUGUUUUUCAACUUUAUUUGAUAGGUGGACAGGAAGCGAAUUGGGAGAGAGACGGGGAGGGAUCGGCAAAGGACCUGGGUCAGCCGCAUGGCAGGCUGCCCUAUGGGUUGGCCACGGCAGGGCCUUUUAAUAAACUCUUAACGAUAACAUGA